CGGGCCCGUUCAUUCAAAAUUAGUAUCCAUUCCGUAAAUAAGUGAACAAAAAAGACCAAGAUUUAUAUAACAAAUCGGAUACGUCGAAGGCGUGACACGUCACAGCAUUAUUCGCCGUCCAUGGCGCCGCCCACACCAUCGAGCCUCCCGCUGCCCGUUCCCGAGGAGGAAGAGUACUACUCCUCGUGGUCUCUCUUUCUCGUUUGUCUGCUUCUCAUCCUCUCGCUAUGGACGAGCUACUACCUGCAAAUCAAACGCAUACGAUCUGUGCAUGAGACGGGCGUGUCGAUCCUGGCUGGCAUGUUCGUGGGGCUCGUUGUCAGCCUCGCCCCGGGGACUAUGAUCAGGGACAUGCUGACAUUCAAGCACACCCUUUUCUUCAAUCUUCUACUACCGCCAAUCAUCCUCAACUCGGGCUACGAGCUCAAGCAGGAAAACUUCUUCCGCAAUUUCGGCUCCAUCCUGACGUUCGCGUUCCUGGGAACGUUCAUCUCCGCUGUUGGGGUUGGAAUUCUCGUCUACGUGUAUUCGUUCCUCGGACUCGAGUCGCUUGAUCUCGGACUGGUCGAGUGCCUCCAGUUUGGCUCGACACUGUCUGCCACGGAUCCCGUCACCAUCCUCGCGAUAUUCAAUCAGUACAAGGUGGAUCCAAAGCUGUACACGGUGAUCUUUGGCGAGAGUCUCCUGAAUGAUGCUGUCAGUAUCGUCAUGUACGAGACGUUGACCCAGUUUCGCAACAGUGGAAGCGCGGACGAGAUCUUCAUCAGCUCCUUCUUCAAGGGGACGGGGAUCUUCUUGCUUUCGUUCAGCGUUUCCAUGGCCCUGGGUGUCGCCUUCGGUCUCGCGAUGUCACUUCUGCUGAAGCAUUCCUCGCUCAAUCUCUACCCCCAAAUCGAGUCAUGUCUGGUUGCGCUGUGCGCCUACACGUGUUACUUCUUCUCGAAUGGGCUCUCGAUGUCGGGUAUCGUUUCACUCUUGUUCUGUGGUAUCACGCUCAAGCACUACGCGUAUCACACGAUGUCCCGACGGACUCAGCGGACGACCAAGUCGAUAUUCUCCACGCUUGCUCAACUGUCGGAGAACUUCAUCUUUAUCUAUCUCGGGCUCUCGUUGUUCACAUCUGCCCCCGCAUCCCAGCGUGUCACCAGCUACGUGAAGCCCUUCUUCAUCACUAUCACCACGGUUGCGGUCGUCUUCACUCGCUAUGCCGCUGUGUUCCCUUUGUCGGAAGCCAUCAACCUCUUCCACCGACAUGUCCGUGGGCAGCGGGCGGAGGAGCUGCCGCACUCGUACCAAAUGAUGCUUUUCUGGGCCGGUUUACGGGGUGCCGUUGGCGUUGCCCUUGCUGCGGGAUUCACCGGUGACAACGCGCAGACGUUGCGGACCACGGUCCUUGUGGUGGUUGUCUUGACGGUGCUCAUCUUCGGUGGCACGACUGCACGCAUGUUGGAGGUACUUGGAAUCCGGACCGGCGUCGAUGAUGAAGCGGCGAGCAGCAGUGAUGAGGAAGAAACACCGAGGUUCUUCGGGCGCCCACGACGCUGGGCUCGUUUCGGCGAGGACGAGUCUAGUGCCUUGGCUGGACCGCGGACCAUUGGAUCGCCCUACAACCAUCAGGUGCAGUCUGCGCCGCCUAUAUUUUCGUCGGCGUCGUCGGAAUACGAUUCGGAUGGAGGAGAAGUUCUGCCGCUUGCGACGGCUUCCGCAGCGCCUGACAAUACACCUCGGACGCCGUCGAUGGGAGAGGACGGAAAAUGGUUCCAGGCUUUGGACGAGCGGUAUCUUCUUCCGUUGUUUUCGAAUGCCACCGCGAGCCGCACAUUCCAUGCUCGGCGUGCUAGACGCUCGACAUCUGGAACGGCCAGUGCGGGACUGGUGGACUCGCCCACGGCCAGUGACGACGAGGGAUUGGACGAUGAGGACGGGCAGGAAGUCGAGCUUGGCGUGCCUUUGGAACAGCGGACCCCACGUCCACUGCACACGCAGUCGCUUGACGAGAGUCGCAUCGAACGGGGAUUGGCGAGUCCGAUGUUGAGAUCGAACAGCACUAGUGAACGGCUAGCUCCGUGAGCUUCAGUGGACUCUUUUGUGUGUAUUACCUUACAGGGCGGAUAGUAAUUUGGUACACUUAUUAGUAGAUUCAAUCCCAUGUCUGUUUAUCACCGA